GAGACCAAACAAGAUGAGACCAAACCAAAAUAAUAUACUGAGCACAGAAUCUUAAACUGAAAACAAUCAAAACAAUAUUUUAGCUCUUAAAAAGUUUAAAAAGUGUUUCAUAAUAGUUGAUCUGAUUGUCAUUUCAUUAUGCACAUUUAUUUACAUGUACUGCAUAGACUCCUGCAAUAAAAAUGCAACUCUUUGAAGUCUUUUUCCUUUUCCUUUGGUCCAAUAGUCUAUGAAGGGUGAUGGCACCUGUAUUAGAGCUGCUUUAUAAUAUUCUAGAUGACCUGAAACAAGAAAAUCUGAAGAGAUUUAGGAGUCUUUUACAGCAAGAUGGGCGCAUUGGAGCUGGUAAACUCGAGAAUGCUGAUGUCACUGACACAGUGGAUAAGAUGGUGGACAGUUAUGGACCGGAAGAAGCUGUGGAGAUCACAAUGAACAUCCUGAGAAGGAUAAACCAGAACCAGCUGGCUUUAGAUUUAGAGAACAAGUACAAAGAAGUGCUUAAUUCAUUAGAAGCGUCUGAGAAACACACAAGAAAACAAGAGGAUUUCUGGCUGCAGGAACUCUUGAAAACUCACAAAAAGAACAUGAAGGAGAAAGUUAGAAACACAUUUUUGAUGAAAAAAAGAAAAAAAAGAGUGCAUCUCACAGAUGCUUAUACAGACCUCUUCAUUACAGAGGGGGAUAUUAAUGAAGUCAAUCAUGAACAUGAGAUUCUGAAGAUUGAUAAUGCCUUUAAACCCCAGAAAUCACAGGACAGGCCAAUCAAAUGCAAUGAUGUAUUUAGUCUGAACAAAAAGAAGAAAAAGAUUGUGCUCACCAAAGGCAUCGCUGGCAUUGGAAAAACCAUUUCAGUGCACAAAUUCAUUUUGGACUGGACAGAAGGAAAAGCCAAUCAGGAUAUUGACUUUGUGUUCCUACUUCCAUUACGAAAGAUAAACUGCAUCAAAGACAGAGAGAUCAAUCUGCAUGAGAUUCUACAAAUAUUUAAUCCUGAAUUGCAGGGCCUGGAGACAUUGAAGAGAAAUAAGAUAUAUAGUUAUAAGCUCGCGCUUAUCUUUGAUGGACUGGAUGAGAGUGGACUGACUCUGGAUUUUGACAGUGGAAUGGUUGCGUGUGUUGAGGAGCGAUCAUCUGUAGAUCAACUGUUUUCAAGUCUGGUGAACGGGACUCUGCUUCCAUCAGCGCUCGUCUGGGUGACAUCACGACCAGCAGCAGCCAAUCAGAUCCCUCCUGAGUAUGUCGGGUUGUUCACAGAGGUGCGUGGAUUCACUGACCAGCAGAAGGAGGAGUACUUCAGAAAGAGAAUCAAAGAUGAGACUUAGGCCUCCAGAAUCAUCUCACACAUUAAGAAAUCUCGAAGUCUCUACAUCAUGUGCUACAUUCCCGUGUUCUGUUGGAUCAUAGCCACUGUUCUUCAACACUUCUCCACUGGAAACAAUGCAGAGAACAUCAACACAACACUCACUGAAAUGUACAUCCACUUCCUGCUGAUACAGAUGAACAUGAAGAGCCAAAAGUGUGACAGAAAAACAGAAAGAGAACGUACUAAGCUUGAUUCCAAUAAAACAACAAUAUUGAAGUUAGCCAGGUUAGCGUUUGAACAACUAAAGAAGGAAAAUAUUGUGUUCUAUGAGGAAGAUCUGAAAGCAUGUGGUAUUGAUGUGAGUGAAGACUUUGAGUCCACAGGAAUGCUGACUGAGAUCUUUCAGAAAGAAGCUGGACUUCACGAGAUGAAGGUCUUCUGCUUUGUGCAUCUUAGUGUUCAAGAGUUCCUCGCUGCAGUCCAUGUGUUCCUCUGCUACCUGAACAAGAACAUGGAGGAACUUCAGUUUUUCAUUGAAGAACCACAAAACAGAUAUUUGUUUCUUCCUCAGCUUAAAUUACACAAAACCCAUAAAAAUAUUGUUUUACCUAAAUUACUAAAGAAGGCUGUUAACAAAGCAAUGCAAAGUCAGAAAGGACAUUUUGAUCUAUUUUUACGGUUUCUGCUGGGUAUUUCACUGGAAACGAAUCAGAAACUGCUCAGAGGCCUAUUCACAAACACUGAAGACAGCAAAUACAGUGCCACAGAAGUAACUCAGUACAUUACAGAACAAUUAAAAAGCCAGGACAUCUCACCUGAAACUUCAGCCAACAUGUUCUACUGCUUACUGGAGCUCAAAGACAAUUCAUUAAAUACAGAAAUCCAAAGAUACUUCAGAUCAUCUCCAGGAAGGAGCCUCUCAUCUUCCAUGUGCUCCUUGCUGGCCUAUACACUAAUGAUGUCAGAGGAUGUGCUGGAUGAGUUCAACCUGAAUAUGUACGAGACCACAUGGGGAGGCUACAUGAGUCUCUUGCCAGCUGUGAGAUGCUGCAGAAA